UGCAGAGGGCGCACGGGAGCCGCUAACUUCGUGCAGACACAGCAGAAGAAGAGCUGCAGUUUGUGGAGAAUGAAAGUGAAGCGUCUCUUGAAAAUUGAACAUUGAACAUUUCCAGUCGGUAAAAGGUGAAACUCUCUCGGGCUCCAUGGCGGCGGGCGGGUCGGUGAAGGUGUAUCUGGACCUGUUGUCGCAGCCCUGCCGGGCGCUGCACAUCUUCCUCAACUGCGUUCGAAUCCCGCACAGAGUCCAGACCGUGGCACUGAGGAAAGGGGAGCAAAGGACUGAGGAGUUCAUUAAAUUGAAUCCCAUGCAGAAGGUUCCAGUCAUGGUUGAUAAUGGCUUUGUGCUCACAGAGAGUGAUGCCAUCCUGAAGUACCUGGCCAACAAGUAUGACGUCCCAGAUCACUGGUAUCCACGACACCCAGAAAGACGAGCCAGAGUGGACGAAUACACAGCCUGGCAUCACAGCUACACACGACCACAUGCUGCUAAAGUUUUCAUUCUGGAGUUUCUCCUCCCAGCUCAGUCGGGCACUCCGGUGGAUGAGGUGCAUUUGAAUCAUGCUCUUUCUCAGCUUGAUGACACGCUGGAUAAACUGGAGUCCAUGUACCUUCACAGGCAGCCUUUCCUCUGUGGUGACGACAUCUCUGUGGCUGACCUGCUCGCGGUUUGUGAGCUCAUGCAGCCCAUGGGGGGUGGCAGGGACGUCCUGAAUGAUCGUCCUCAGCUGCAGAGGUGGAGGAGCAGAGUUCAGUCGGCUGUCGGUGAUGCCUUCGACAAAGCUCACGCCGUUCUGUACGGCAUCAGAGACCGUCGUAAAGCCAAGCUAUGACAUAAUCACAGAGCGAGACCACUGCAGUGAAGUCACACAGAGGGGCGGGGCUAAGAGACACCUGCAGCCACACUGAAGGAGGAGCCCAUCAACAUCUAAUAAUCUUUAUAUUAUAAUAAUCUUCAUCAUUAUCGUGUAACUAUUAGUCUGGUUAAUUGUGACACAUUGAUUAUGGCCGUCAUUAGGGAUUAGUGUCCGUGGCUACUACCCCAAAUGUUUUAUUAAUACCUUUGGAUGUAAAAAAAUAUUAAUUUAUUAAAGAAUCAGCUGAUCUACUCAC